AAUAUUCAUUAGCUAUUACUUUGCACGUCACAGUGGGGUUUAUAAACUGUAGCAGAGUCAUAUUUAAGUAGUUGAAUAUAACUGGUGCAGCGGUUUUCUUGCGUCCAGACAUCAUUCAGAAUCUGCACAUCAGAGACUUGUUCGUUUUGAAUAAAGGAAAUUAAAACUAGUUUCCAAUGAAGAAGGCAGUGUUGUUUAGUUUGUGGGGUGGUGUUGUUACUCCCCAUCUCACCCAGACAUUUCAGAAGUUUGAAGACACUGCUGGUAUUUCAGGGGGUUUCAUAAAGAAUGUGAUUGCAAAACUUGGCAGUGAGAAUGCACUGUAUCGGGUGGAGAAAGGAAAAGUCACUCUAACUCAGAUGAUUCCUGAGUUUGAAGCUGAGUGUCAGAAGGUAGCGGCCGAUCAGGGACUGUCUUUACCUGCACAGUUCUCAGCUCAGAAGCUUUUCAGUGACAUUGGGCAGGUAGAAUUCAAUAAGCCGGUUCUUGAUGCUGCAGCUGUCCUCUGUCGUCAUGGAAUUGCAACCUGUGUCCUGGCCAAUAUCUGGGUGGAUGACACUGAUCAGAGAGACGGCAUUGCUAGGAUUCUCUCUGUAUUAGAGAGCCGCUUCGACCUGGUUGUGCGAUCUUGCUAUGCUGGUGUCAGAAUCCCAGAGCCAGAUAUCUUUACCAGUGCCCUUGAGAAACUUGCAGUUAAACCUCAAGAAGCAGUCUGGUUGGAUGUAGAUGAGGAAAGUGUCAAGGCAGCUGAAGUUUUGGGAAUGACGGCUGUUCAUGUCAAGGACAUCACUGAGGCUCUUAAGGAAAUCCAGAAGCUUACAGGAAUCGAGGUCCCCAGUGAUCUCCAGUCACCCUCUUGUGAUCCUGAAAAGGUCUCUCAUGGAUAUGUGAAUAUUAAGCCUGGCGUGAGGAUCCACUAUGUGGAGUUGGGAGACGGACCUCCUGUUCUUUUGUGCCAUGGCUUCCCUGAGAUUUGGUUUUCCUGGAGAUAUCAGAUUCCAGCUUUGGCUGAUGCUGGAUUUAGGGUUCUGGCUCUUGACAUGAAAGGCUACGGUGACUCCACUUCUCCAGCAGACAUUGAGGAGUACUCUCAAGAACAGAUCAUGCGGGAUCUAGUGACAUUUUUGGAUAAAAUGGGCAUUCCUCAGGUCACUCUGGUGGGUCAUGACUGGGGCGGUUCUCUGGUGUGGAACAUGGCACAGUUUCAUCCUGAGCGAGUGAGGGCCGUGGCGUCUCUCAACACACCCCUUUUUCCUGUGGAUCCAAAAACAAAUCCAAUGGAGAGACUCAAGGCCAUGCCUAUCUUUGAUUACCAGAUAUACUUUCAGAAGCCUGGUGUCGCAGAGGCUGAACUGGAGAAAAACCUUGAGCGAACCUUCAAACUGAUGUUCAAUGCAAGUAAUGAAACUAAACCAUUUCCUAGCACCGCUGGAGUCUGCAAGAGAGGUGGAUUAUUUGUGGGGUCACCUGAAGAUCCGCCCCGCAGUGCUAUUCUGAGCGAGUCUGCGCUGCAGUACUACGUUCAGCAGUACACCAAGAGUGGCUUCAGGGGUCCUCUGAACUGGUACCGUAACGGGGAGAGGAACUGGCUGUGGAUGUGUUCCAGGCCGAGGGGCAAGAUCAUGAUGCCAGCUUUAAUGGUGACCGCAGGAAAGGACCCUGUUCUUCUGCCAGCCUUUGCCACAGGCAUGGAGAACCUGGUCCCCAACCUCACCAGAGGACACAUUGAGGAGUGUGGCCACUGGACUCAGAUGGAGAGGCCUGCAGAGCUCAAUCAAAUCCUCAUCUCCUGGCUGAAGGAAACACACCAGAAAGCCUCGAUCCCUGUUCAUCCCAAGCUAUGAGAGCAUGAUCUUGAUUUAACUAUCCAUCCGCCAGCUAAAGCGCACUAAUGUCCAGACUUGCUGAUUACAUAAUAAUUUCAGUAGUCCAGUACUUUCCAUAUGAAGUCUUCUGUAAUACACUGCAAUUAUGAAGAACUGUUUUUUUAAUGCAAUGUCUAUUUAUACUGUGCAAAUAGCAUAGUAUCUUCACAUUUCACCUUUAGUUCAAUAAUCUCUGUUUAUAUUUCCUGUGAACAGCAUCUGUUACUGUUUGCAAUCUGCCUUUUUAAUCGUUUUAUUAUGACUUUUUUUUU